AAUGCACUGCGAUCCCGCCGCCAUUUUCAUCCUUCUUUUCUCAGCGCCUAUCGUUUACGGACGCGUCUUUUAUGGAAUUUUCGGAGUUUGGAGUUUUGUGAAUUGACUAUUACGAAAUAAAGAGUGAUUUCUUAUCGUUUGGUAAGGCAGUGGAUAGCUAGUUAAAGGUAAUCUGGAAGCGGUGGAGCGUGGAACGGGAUUCGCGGGUUGAGUGACUCAGUGAGUGACUCAGACACCCACUCCCGGGCAGUAGGGUCCCUAUACCCGAAACCCAUGGCCCCCACCCCUGUCGUCGGCCUGCCAUAAAAAGUGCCAGACUGUCAACGAGUCGGAUGGCGAUUCUAGGGCUCCGUACCAAAGAACAAAUUUCAGUCUCGGCCUAUUGUACACCAGGCGCAAGGUGUGUCCUAUCAUGAAGCCCGUACCCGAAACUUUGUUGUCAACAACCUGUGUGUCUGUUUUUAGAUUUCUUCCUGAGUCUCCCCGCUGGUUAAUUUCCAAACGGAAAUUCAAACAAGCCGAGAAGGUCAUCCGUAAAAUCGCCAAGGUAAACGGCUCAUCCGUCCCGGCGAACUUGUUUAGUGAGACGGACGAACUUCAAGAAAAGACCGUUUUGACUCGGCAAGCGACCCAGAUUGACCUCUUCCGAACACCUAAUAUGCGCAAAAGACGCUGAACAUCUUCUACCAAUGCACCUGGCGGCCUUUGUGCGGCUAUCGCCAUGAUAGGAAAAUUCGCCAUAUCUGGGGCAUUCAACAUUAUCUACAUAUACUCGGCAGAGCUUUUCCCAACACCCGUCCGGAGCAUGGGCGUUGGAAUGUCGUCCAUGUCAGCCCGGCUCAGCGGCGUGAUAGCCCCUGUUAUUCUCAUCCUGGGCAACUACUGGGAGCCUGUCCCGCUGAUCGUCUUUGGGGGAUGCUCUCUGCUGGCCGGUGCUCUGGCACUUCUGCUCCCAGAGACCCUGAACCACAGCCUCCUGGAGACCGUCCAGGAAGGGGAGGAAUUUGGAAAGGGGCAGGGAUUUGGACUGAAGAAACUGUUUAGGAGACCAAACAGCCCUGAAGGGAGUAGUAGCGCAGACGACUCCAAAGAGGAACCCUACAGACAGAUCCUAACAUACGAUGAAAUAAACGCUGGAGAAUCAUCCAAAGUGUAAUCAGUGCUCACUGUGCUCAGAAUGAGGCAUUUCCCCCGAUGAAAGAAGUACAGAAAUCCAAAACGGGCUGCCGGUGCCACCGCUACAUCUGCUGUCAGCGCGUGCUGUAUAAUUAAGACACCGGCGAAGACCAAGACCAUUACUUUAAGUAAUGUAAAGUUAUAAAAAGCAUGUUUCAAUAAAACGGCUUUUUUGGCAUUUGGGGGCUUUGGGGCAUUUUUCCCUAACACGAUUGGGUAGAUUUCCGGCGAUACAGAGAUAGGGCGCGUUAUCUCCACAUCCUGCCUGUAGGACGUAGAUUCGAUAGUAGUAGGUUGCUGAAAAUAAAAAAAUCAAAAUUCCAUGGACCGUGAACUCCCAUGGGGGCGUGGUUGGACUAUUUCUAACACUGUGGCGCUGUUUAGCACACUGUACAUUGUACAUAUACAUGUGGUCUUUUGCCGUGUUCCGCUGAAAAGUUACAUUGAACUGUCGGUUUAUUUUCUAUUCUUUUACUUCCUGCUUUACUUUCAAAGAUAAUCCUGUAGUAUACACUCCCCCCGUCAAGAAGUGAGUGGGGGAUGUGUUACCCCCCCCCGGAGAUCUGUACGUGCACUCUAUGAAAAUAACUCAUUCGGUAAUGGUAUGUGAAGAAAAAAUAACUCAACUAGAUCUGGCACCUAGUAAUUUCAUUAGUUGAUGCCACUGAACUCGAGCGGGAAGUGGCAGGGAAGGAUUCACGCAAUUACUGCCUUUUAAGAAAUUAGCAAAGCAAAACGACUCUAUAGCAUAGGGAAUCUUCACUCUUCCCAGGGUUUUAAAUGAUUGGUCGAGCUUGUUUUUUUUUGUUAGACUCAACUUGAUUUCUUUUGACUUUAAACAAUGUUUGCACUUUCAUGUCAUGUAUUCAUACUGCAGUUUUACUAAUAUGGUUAUUAAAAAUGGUUGUGAAAUAUGGUUCUGAAAACAGAACUGAUUCAGAACUGAAUCUGCUUGCCCUGACGAAGGUGGUUUUAUUAUUAUUUAUUAUUUUCUUCCAUACGGCCCUGCCAUACCACUUAAAGAAAACCAGCUUUAAAAGCUAUAUUAACAUGAUUGAACUUUAAUAAUAAAAUACCACAAUAUUCAGAUUUUUAAAAGAUUAUCACAUAAUAAAAAUGACAAAUA